CUCCCCUCUCCGCCUCCCUCGAAGUCCUUUUAAAAACAUAUCAUCCUUCCUUUGCUUCUCUCUCCCGAGGGAAGUCUUGCACCUCGACGCUGCGUUUCACUCGAGCCCCUUGUUACUGUCGUUGUUGCAGGCUUUGUGUCCUGAUCAUCCGCCGUCAUGGGGAAGACUCGUGGUAUGGGAGCUGGGCGCAAGCUAAAGACACACAGGAGGAGGCAGAAAUGGGCUGAUAAGUCAUACAAGAAGAGUCAUCUUGGCAACGAGUGGAAGAAGCCUUUUGCAGGAUCUUCACACGCUAAGGGAAUUGUCCUUGAGAAAAUUGGAAUUGAAGCCAAGCAACCUAACUCUGCUAUCCGAAAGUGUGCUAGAGUUCAGUUGAUCAAGAACGGGAAGAAGAUAGCUGCCUUUGUUCCUAAUGAUGGUUGCUUGAACUAUAUUGAAGAAAAUGAUGAAGUGCUAAUUGCUGGAUUUGGACGGAAAGGGCAUGCCGUCGGUGAUAUUCCUGGAGUCCGUUUCAAGGUGGUUAAGGUGUCUGGUGUUUCUUUGUUGGCUCUGUUCAAGGAGAAGAAAGAAAAGCCUAGAUCUUAAGUUUGUUCCUCAUUUUUGCCAUGUAACCUUACAUUGUUUUUUGAUAUUCUGUGGAGUUGAGCUUCAGACACUUCUAUUUUAUUAUCGUUCAACUUUUUUUUA